CACUUGCUUUGUCCAAAUCCUACACUCCAACCCCCAACUUCCCCUCCUCCUCACAACAAUUUGCCCCUUCAAAAACUAACCGAAUGGAAAGUAUAAGCAACAUUCAAUUCCAUACAUUCUCUUCAACUUCAACUUCAACUUCAACAUCCUUUUUUCUUUAUUUAUUUCUGCUUCUCUCUUUCUCUUUCCAUGGAGGCUGAUGGUCUGUCAACAACAAUGGAGGAAGGGUUUAAGGGGUUACUCAGGUUAAUGGGUUCUGUCAAGAAUUAUGAUUGGGGCCGUUCGGCAAAGGAAUCUUGUGUUGGACGUCUGUAUAGGCUUAAUUCUGGGAGGAAAAUCGAUGAAAAACAGCAAUAUGCGGAGUUUUGGAUGGGAACUCAUGACUCUGGGCCAUCCUACAUUGUGGAAGAAGGAGGAAGAAUUCAGAAUGGGUAUGCUAAUGGCGGGGGAGUUAGAAACAAGAGUACUUUGAAAGAUUGGAUUGAGAAGAACCCUAGUGUACUUGGUGAAACUGUUCUUAGCAAAUGGGGUACUCAGCUUCCCUUUCUCUUCAAGGUACUCUCUAUUGAGAAAGCUUUGUCUAUACAAGCUCAUCCAGACAAGGAUCUGGCAAUUCUUCUGCAUAAGGAGCAGCCACUCGUUUACAAGGAUGAUAACCACAAACCCGAGAUGGCUUUGGCCUUGACCGAAUUUGAGGCCUUGUGUGGCUUCAUAAGUCUUGAGGAGCUAAAAGUGAUUGUUCAGACUGUGCCUGAGAUUGUUGAAGUGGUUGGUAAUGCGCUUGCAGAGCUAGUAUUGGACUUGAACGAGGAUGAUGAAGAGGAGAAAGGUAAAUUAGUGCUCAGAAAAUUAUUUACGGAGAUUAUGUCAGCUAGCAAGGAUGUGAUCACGGAAGUGCUUGCUAAGCUGAUUAGUCGUCUGAACAUUAAAAACAAGGUAAGGGAGCUAACCGACAAGGAACAACUGGUCCUAGGACUUGAGAAGCAGUAUCCAGCUGAUGUUGGUGUUUUAGCUGCAUUCUUGUUUAAUUACGUGAAGCUCAAUCCUGGUGAAGCUUUAUAUUUAGGGGCAAAUGAACCCCAUGCAUAUGUAUAUGGGGAGUGUAUCGAAUGCAUGGCAACCUCGGAUAAUGUGGUACGUGCUGGCCUAACUCCUAAGCACCGGGAUGUUAGAACUCUCUGUUCAAUGCUCACGUACAGACAGGGUAACCCUGAAAUUCUGCACGGUACGGCAAUAAAUCCAUACACAAUGAGAUACCUCCCUCCUUUUGAUGAAUUUGAGGUGGAUCGUUGCAUUCUUCCCCCAUAUUCAACUGUUGCCUUCCCUUCUGCUCCUGGUCCGUCCAUGUUUGUGGUCAUGGGAGGAGAGGGAACAAUGACCACAUCAGCAGAAGUGAUUGUUGCUGAAGGUGAUGUCCUAUUUGCACCUGCAAACACCAAUAUUACCAUUGCAACCUCCUCUGGUUUGCACUUGUAUAGAGCAGGUGUAAACAGCAGAUUUUUUGAGGAAUGAUAGUUGUAAGCUUGUAGCCCCUUAUGCUUGCUAAUAAAACAGUGAAUUU